GGUCACAGCUCCGGGCGUGACGUCAACAUACUGCGCCCCUGUGGGAGGAAAGCCCGUCGAGCAGCGCCGGCCGGAAGGGGAGGGACGCCUGGCCUGGUUUCCGGGCGACUCAACCCUGCCGGCGGCGGCAUCAUCGUCAGUUUUCCGCGUUUCCUUCCUGAAGUGCGAGUGUGGCGGUUAUGCCUUGGAUACUCUCGGCAACUAAGCUUGUUCCCGCGGUAGCAAGCGCCCGCAGCCUCUCAGGAUGCAUGUCAUGUUCACAGCGAAGGUACUCCCUGCAGCCCAUCCCAGAGAGGAGGAUUCCAAACCGGUACUUAGGCCAGCCCAGCCCCUUUACACACCCACACCUCCUCAGACCAGGGGAGGUGACGCCAGGACUAUCCCAGGUGGAAUAUGCACUUCGCAGACACAAACUAAUAUCUCUGAUCCACAAGGAAGCACAAGGGCAGAGUGGUACAGACCACACAGUGGUACUGCUGUCCAACCCUACAUACUAUAUGAGCAAUGAUAUCCCCUAUACUUUCCACCAAGACAACAAUUUCCUGUACCUGUGUGGAUUCCAAGAGCCUGAUAGCAUUCUGGUCCUUCAAAGCCUCCCGGGCAAGCAGUUACCAGCACACAAGGCCAUACUUUUUGUGCCUCAGAGAGAUCCCAGUCGAGAACUUUGGGAUGGCCCCCGAUCUGGUACUGAUGGAGCAAUAGCUCUAACUGGAGUGGAUGAAGCCUAUACGCUGGAAGAAUUUCAACAUCUUGUACCAAAACUGAAAGCCGAGACACAUACACUGUGGUAUGACUGGAUGAGGCCCCCUCACAUUCAGCUCCACUGUGACUACAUGCAGCAGUUGACAGAGGUCAAAGCCAGGAGCAAGAACAAGGUUCGGGCUGUGCAGCAGCUGGUACAGCAUCUCAGGCUGAUCAAAUCUCCUGCAGAAAUUGAACGAAUGCAGAUUGCUGGGAAACUGACAUCACAGGCUUUCAUAGAGACCAUGUUUGCCAGCAAAGCCCCUGUAGAGGAAGGCUUUCUUUAUGCUAAGUUUGAAUUUGAAUGCCGGGCUCGUGGUGCAGACAUCUUAGCCUACCCACCUGUGGUGGCUGGAGGUAAUCGGUCAAACACUCUGCACUAUGUGAAGAACAAUCAACGCAUCAAGGAUGGGGAAAUGGUGCUGCUGGAUGGAGGUUGUGAGUCUUCUUGCUAUGUGAGUGACAUCACUCGUACCUGGCCUGUCAAUGGCAGGUUCACGGCAUCUCAGGCAGAACUCUAUGAAGCUGUUCUAGAAGUCCAGAAAGCUUGUCUGACUCUCUGCUCCCCUGGAACAAGCUUGGAUAACAUCUACAGCAUGAUGCUAACACUGAUAGGACAGAAGCUUAAAGAGUUGGGUAUCGUGAAGAACAUUAAGGAAAAUAAUGCCUUCAAGGCUGCUCGAAAAUACUGCCCGCAUCAUGUUGGCCAUUACCUCGGGAUGGAUGUCCACGACACUCCAGACAUGCCCCGCUCCCUCCCUCUGCAGCCUGGUAUGGUAAUCACAGUGGAGCCAGGUAUUUAUAUUCCGGAGGAUGACAAAGACGCCCCUGAGAGGUUCCGUGGUCUUGGUGUACGAAUUGAGGAUGAUGUAGUGGUAACAGAGGACUCACCUCUCAUCCUUUCUGCAGAUUGUCCCAAAGAGAUGAAUGACAUCGAACAGAUAUGCAAUAGGGCCUCUUGACCCUCAGUGUGGCCCACAUGCAUCUUAGGUUCAGAAGGGGUGGACGUUGGCCUCUGUGCACGUGUGCUUUCUGGGGGUCUCUGUGUGGACAUUUAUACACGUGUUCCACUGGGGAGUGCAGCAGCUAUAUGAGUGUAUGUAGUUGUGUAUGUGGUCUUUUCUUGUUUUAUGUAGCUAGAAAUC